AACCCCUCAGUUCCAGGCACAGACGUCAUUGCCGCCGAUCAUCGCAUCGAUCCAGGCAGCCCAUCCGUUGGAUCAGGUCAUCUUCCUGUUCCUACCACGUAUCAUUGUCGACAACCCCCUCAAUCCUGUUCUCUUCGUUUUCGCACAAUGCAGCCCUCAGAGGAGAACCAAAGCAGCACCCAGCCCGCCCGGCCAGGGACUCCGCCGCGCCCGCCUUACUCCCCAGUGACUCCCGUCUUCGCGCAUCUUGCGCCCGUCACCGUUCCAGGCAACGGAGCACCUCACCCCAUUGUUCCUCCAGCCGCGUCGCCUUCGCCGACCACAAACGUGCCCCUAUAUGGCUCUGAAUUCCCCCCGCCUGCGACGGCACCCGUCUUCGCCCCAGAGCCGGCCCCAGUCCCGAUCUCGGAGAGCGAGAACCCCGAUGCCAUUGCUCUGCGAUCCGCUCUCUCCAUCCUGCAGCUCCAGAAGCAACAAAGCAUGCGAGAUAUCCAGACCUUGGAGAAGAUGAAACGGGCGGCGGCCGAGGACCCGGAGGGAUUUGCCAAUGAACUGGCAGCGGGGAAUCUGUCGGCCAAAGAUCCCGGGGGCUUCAUCAAUUUCACUCAUAAUGAUACAGAGUCGGAGGACGAGGAUGCAGAAAGUCCGAAACGAGAAGGCCUUGCGGGCCUGGGGCCAUUGCCCACGCCGCAGAAUGUGGUUCGCAUGCCACCCAUCAAUUGGGCAAAAUACCAGAUCGUGGGGGAUCCGUUGGAUAGAAUGCAUGAGGAACAACGGAUGCGACCAUUCUCUGGUGAACCGAGACGUGAUGAUAGCGCCCAGAGAGCGCCGGAGCAUGUUUUGGCUUCGCCGUAUCGGCCCCUGGUGGACAAGCUGGAAAGCCCCAGCAAGACCAGGGGAGCUAACAAGAACAAGAAGACUUGAUGAUUAGAAGAUUACCUAAAAGCUAGUUACAGGCGCUGUUCGUAUGAAGCCGUCGAGUCAUAACACAUUAGCGUCAUUC